UACAGGAGUCCGUAGCCGGCAUAGGCUCAGUUGGCAGCAGUACGUUCGACUAGAAGCACCUACCAUGGCCGAUAUCUCGAAGGACGAGCUACGCAAGGAGAUCACCGCUAUCCUCAAGGACGCGGAUCUUACUACAAUGUCUGCCAAGAAAGUAAGGCAACAAAUCGAGGAGAAACUCGAUGUUGAUCUUACAGAAAGGAAGAAGGAGGUCGAUGAUUUAGUUAUGGAGUGUCUUCAAGAGAAACAAGAUGGAGGUAAGAAGAAGAAGAAGGCUGCUAGUGAAGAGUCCGAAGAUGGUGAGGAGGAAGAGGAAGAAGCAUCAGAGGAGGAGGAGGAGGAGGAAGAAAAAAAGCCAGCUAAGCGGAGUCCUACCAAGAAGGCACCCAGCAAACGCAAGAAGGGCUCAUCUGAUGAUGAGGAAAGUGCCAGCGACGACGAUGCUAGCGAUGAAGAAUACAGCCCAAAGAAACCUAAAGUUACACCCAAAAAAAAUAAGCCCGGAAAGAAGGGAAAGAAGAAGGGCAGCGACAGUGAUAGUGAUGAAGACUGGGGAAAGAAUAAAAAGGCUCCAGGAAGCGCAGCAAAGAAGGGUGGCGGUAAGGGCAAAGGUGGUGGUGGUUAUACACGUGCUAUCACGCUGUCUCCAGAGCUUGCCGCAAUUGUUGGCGCUGAACAAAUGGCUCGACAUGAAGUCGUCAAGAAAGUAUGGAGUAUCAUUAAAGAAAGAAAUCUUUAUGACCCUAAGAAUAAACAGUUCGCGAUUUGCGACGAGGAACUAAUGAAGGUAAUCGGCGUGAAGCGUUUUAGAACUUUUGGUAUGAUGAAAUACCUCAAAAAUCAUUUUGUAGACUAAAUCAUCCCCAAAUCCCGAUCUCCGACAAGUUAUAUAUACAUAUAACAUAUUCCAAGGUGCGCGUGCACCUCUCCAUCUUUCUCACAAAAUACAUAAAAUAUAUACAUAUACAUGAGACACAACGUAUUUCUUGCGACUUAAGACUUUAGACCAUGUUUACACCAUUCCGAUGUAGUCUGCCGCCCAUCGUUAACAGUUUUGUCCCAGUUGUCAUUGAUUAUUAAAUGUUUUAUGCUAAUGUGUGACAUUUUAUAAUUAUAAUUUAUGACAUAACAACCAAUGAAUUAUUAGUUUCUAUAAAUUUCUUUUGAAGUAGAAUAUUUGUGUGAAACGUGCAUUUUGACUGCACAUUGACGAAUCUAAUUGUUGGGACAAUUGUUACCAUGGACGCUCAGAUGAUUUCGAAAUGUGGAAAACAUUACAGUGGCCAACAGUCAAUAAGCCGGUUUUAAGUCAUCUAAUUCGGAAUAAAUGUUAUAUAUCAUUUGUAUGGUCGUCAUUAAUAACGAUAUCUUACUCCCGACACGAAAACAUGACGUACCGUUAUAGUAACGGUAUUUAAAUGACAAACUAGAAAAAGCACAUUUGGAUUCAAGAAUAAUUUGUUUGAAGUAUAUGAGUAGCUCGAUUUUACCCCGUGACAUUUGUUACAAUCGGUUCAAUUACAGCGGCGGCAGUUGCUCUUUCAGUAUACAUGAGAUGAAUUACAAAUAUACCCCCCCCUUUUUUUUUUUUUUUUUAUACGUUCUUAUCUCGAUGAUCUUAACUUUUCUCUGUAACGGAUUGCGUGAUAUUUUUUGUCAUUUCUUCCUCCUCCCCCUCCCCCCUUUUUGUUACAAACGCAAUGUUGAUUGUUCUUGGAUGUAAUAGAAUGCCAGAUAGUUUUGCCUCCAGAAUGGAGGGAACGAGUGAUGGACAUUAAAAAGAAAUGCGGAAAUAAACAAAGAAAAGAUAUGCGAAAAAUCAACAUCCUGUACCUCUUCUGUAUAAUAGCUACAUUAUACACUGAAAUUGUAAGCAAAGUUUAAUUGUAUUAUCGUGUAAUUACUAAUUAUUGUCAUAAUAUAGGUUUCUUGGUGUAAAAAUUGACCUAAUGUUUAAGAUCUAAUGAUAAAACAAUAUAUUCACUGAAAGGUACGAUAUAAGCAUAUAAAAUCAUAGUGCAGCGAUCACUGCACAAUGUUGAAGUGUAGGGAAUGUAAUAGGCUCACGGAGCGCGGGAAUUAGGCGCGCAAGUCUGUCCGAGCUUCGACAUGUGUAAAAUUUGUGUAUUUUGAAUAUAAAUUAAAGAAACGCAGGCCUAAGUCUCUCUCUAUCACGAGAAAAGCCACAUGGAUGAGAUAAUUGCAGUUUGCGAUUAUGAAAGCGCUACAUACGCCAAGAAAAUGAUACGUGCACACGGAAUGAUAAAUUAUAAUGCAGAUUCGUUUUCUAAACCCGGAAAGAUGGAUGGUUUAAACUGUAAUGUUCCGUGAAUUGUAUUUGGGAUUGUCAUUAAAAGUAUUGCUUUGAUUUUUUUUUAA